AUGGAGAUCCACUCCGGUGCGCCAUGCACCAAGAGGGCGAAGCUCGCGCCACCGGUGACACCGUCCUCUGGUGGCUUCGCGGUAGCGGCUGGAAGCGGCGAGGACCGCAUCAACGACCUCCCGGACGCCUUCCUUGGUGAGGUGAUCUCCCGUCUCUCCACUAGGGAGGGCAUCUGCACUCGGAUUCUCGCACGUCGUUGGCGUCCUGUUUGGCCGACCGCUCCUCUGAAUCUUGACUGCCGUGAGAUCCCUGUCGCUCGUCUUUUUAACGCCCUAGAAAUAGUUCAUGUCGAGAUCAUCAGUAGGGUCUCUGCCUACAGCGAGGAGCUUGCUCGUAUACGAUACAUCGGAACUUGGCAUCAGGGAAAAACAGUUCCUGGUGAUGGUUCUUGCCUUCCAGAGUCCAUCCUCUCCAGCCAUGUGGCCGCAGUUCUCCGCCUUUCUAUACCGGCGUGCUACCUGCAAUGCAGACCCUCUACUGUCCACGCCUGGCUUGAGUCCCCCAGAUUGAACAAUCUCCAGAUACCAGACCAUUAUGUAGAGGUACUUGAACUACCACUGGUCAAGAGACUUUCGCUUGUUGAGGUUGAUAUAUCAGUCUUCUCGUUGCAAAGCAUGAUCAACUCUAGUUGCCCUGCACUCGACUGCCUGCUGCUUGUUUGCAAUAGAGAAAGGCAUCGUAUCACAAUAAAUUCCCCUAACCUUGUAAGCAUCGGCAUCCGUGGUGAGAAAGGAAAAUUCAUCAUCGAGGAUGCCCCCUCACUUCAAAGGUUGAUCCACGAUCUCCAGAGCAAUAACAUGGAGGUAUUCAUCGUCUCUGCACCCAAACUGGAGACAUUGGGCAAAUUCAGGAUCUCGCUUGACUCCACAGGUCUUAUGGGUUUGGCGACGGCCAGCCUAUCUACAAUGCGGCAAUCUGUUAAAACCUUGUUUUUGGCCAUGACUUAUCAAGUGGACCUGGUCAUUCACUUGCUUAAGUGCCUUCCAAAUCUGGAGAACUUGUUUGUUCAGGUGAUGAUUUUCACGCCCAAUGAAAAUCUCAUACCGGAGGAAACGUUCCUGAUGGUGCAAGAAAUUUUUGGCGUCGCAAGCACCGUGCGUUUCUCAAAGAACAGAUCAUUCAUUUAA